UUCCCGCCCUGGGGGCGGAGCCGAGGUCCGAGCCCGCCAAACGUGGUCCGCUGUGUAACCCAACCCGGACCCUCUCACUGGCUACAGCGCUCCGACUUUGGGAUUCCCGGCCAGCGGCCGGCGUCGCUAUCCUUCGGCCUCCCUCCCAGCCCUGCGUAGCGCAGGCGCAGCCGUCUUGCAGUGGGCCUGGCGAAAUCGGACUGCGGCAACCAUGGCGCGCGGAAGCGCCCCUCGGGACAGCUACCACCUGGUCGGGAUCAGCUUCUUCAUUCUGGGACUGGGCACCCUCCUCCCCUGGAACUUCUUCAUUACCGCCAUCCCGUACUUCCAGGGGCGGUUGGCAGGGACCAACAGCAGCGCCGAGACCCUGAGCACCAACCACACCAGUCCCACAGACACUUUCAACUUCAACAACUGGGUGACACUGCUGUCCCAGCUGCCUCUUCUGCUCUUCACACUCCUCAACUCCUUCCUGUAUCAGUGCAUCCCUGAGUCGGUGCGUAUUCUGGGCAGCCUGCUGGCCAUACUGCUGCUCUUUGCCCUGACAGCAGCGUUGGUGAAGGUGGACUUGAGCCCUGAGCUGUUCUUCUCCAUCACCAUGGCAUCCGUCUGGUUCAUCAACUCCUUCUGUGCAGUGCUUCAAGGCAGCCUCUUUGGGCAGCUGGGCACCAUGCCUUCCGCCUACAGCACGCUCUUCCUCAGUGGCCAGGGUCUGGCUGGGAUCUUCGCUGCCCUGGCUAUGCUUGUGUCCCUGGCCAGUGGCGUGGAUGCCCAGACCUCUGCCCUUGGAUACUUCAUCACGCCCUGUGUGGGCAUCCUCCUCUCCAUUGUAUGUUACCUCAGCCUGCCCCAUCUGGAGUUUGCCCGUUACUACCUGAGCAAGAAGCUGUCUCAGGCCCCAGCUCAGGAGCUGGAGACCAAAGCUGAGCUCCUCCAAGCUGAUGAGAAGAAUGGGAUUCCCAUCAGCCCCCAGCAGGCCUGCCCAACUCUGGACCUUGACCCUGAGAAGGAACCGGAGCUGGAGCUGGAGGAGCCACAGAAGCCAGGAAAACCUUCAGUCUUUGUUGUCUUCCGGAAGAUCUGGCUGACGGCGCUGUGCCUUGUGUUGGUCUUCACCGUCACUCUGUCAGUCUUUCCUGCCAUCACAGCCAUGGUGACCACCAGCUCCAAUAGCCCCGGGAAGUGGAGUCAGUUCUUCAACCCUAUCUGUUGCUUCCUGCUCUUCAAUGUCAUGGAUUGGCUGGGCCGGAGCCUGACCUCCUACUUCCUGUGGCCAGAUGAGGACAGCCAGCUGCUGCCCCUGCUGGUGUGCCUGCGCUUCCUGUUUGUGCCGCUCUUCAUGCUGUGUCACGUGCCCCAGCGUGCCCGGCUGCCCAUCAUCUUCUGGCAGGACGCCUACUUCAUCACCUUCAUGCUGCUCUUCGCUGUCUCCAACGGCUACUUGGUGUCUCUCACCAUGUGCCUGGCACCCAGGCAGGUGUUGCCACAUGAGAGGGAGGUGGCCGGAGCCCUCAUGACCUUCUUCCUGGCCCUGGGACUCUCCUGCGGAGCCUCCCUCUCCUUCCUCUUUAAGGCUUUACUCUGAGGAGCACCAGUGCUCCACAUAGUCCUCCCCUCAGUGCUGCUUCUGGAGCUGGGACAUUUCCCAGGGAAGGACCUCCGCUAUGCCGGUCUCUUGGUCUGUGGGUGCCAGGGCGGGACAGAAACUACCUUGGCUGGUAGCCAUAUUGCAUAUGGUGAGGAAGAAUCCACCAUUGGUCAUUGUGCCUCUCAGAUGGGAGUGAAACGGGACACAGGAACACGGAGCUCACUGAGAGGAUAUUGGAAGGCAAUAGUCAGGGGAAAGCAGGCACGGGGCCCUCACUGCCAUCUGGACGACAUCCGUUCAUCAAGCCACCCACUGACCCCAGGGAGCAGAGCCACCUGUAGGCCUUGAUUAGGACAGACAUCCUGAUGGUCUCUACCUUGGCGGGCGCAGAGUGGGAACUGGGACCAGCUCCAGAGCAGCAGCCUCCCGCUGCUCACCCACAAGGCCCUGGGCAGGGCACAAAGUGUCAUGGAAACUGAGGGGAAGAGAAAGCUCAAAGGGCCUCCGAGCCUUCAGCAGGGUUUUCUCACUGCCAACACCCCUAGAAUCCCACGGGCCUGUCUAACAGAAAGGCAGUCGGCCUGCAUGUGUUGUGCACUGCACUUUACAGUCUGCAAAGUUUUUCCUCAGCCACUCACAGAGGCCUCUGUGAGGCCUUUGGAACAGGCCAGGCAGGGACCAUCCCCAGGUGGGAUUCGGCUGGUCCGAGGAAGAGCAGGCGAUGGCCUUCAUGUAGGUGCUGACCCUGCGGCCCACCGCUUGCCGCUUUUCCUCAGAGGUCUGCAGGCGGGCGCCCUCAGCACUCGCUUCUGUCUUCACCCCAUUUCUCCUCUGACCCUGUUCCUGCAUCCAAUAAAAACUGCCCAUUUCUAGGACGGA